GCUCUCUCGGAUUCUUUCUACUAAGCGAAAACCAGACGACAGAAUAAAAAGCAACACAAGAGGAAGGAGGAGAAAACUCGACAACGAAGACGAUAAAGCCAGAUUCUCGUGCCACGAACUCGAAUCAUUUCGUCUCAUUAGCAGAUCGAUCGCAAAUGAUCAAUAUCCGCCGCCGCCUCCGCCGCAAUUGACGUCAGCAGGAGAAGUCAGCUUAAUAACGCCUCUCGUUGAUUUGACUUGAGAUAUAUAUAUUUUUGGCAUUGAUGAUACUUCAUUGGGUGGAAGAAAUGUAAAAUGCUGACGAGGUAGAAGAAACAACACACGCAGAUUGAUUGAAACUUACGGUGUCAUUGGCCUAUAGCAUAUGCUUUUAAGAAGGUGAAUAAUAAUAUAUAAUUAUGGGGUCGGGAUCAGAGAAGAAGUUUCCUCUCAAUGCAAAAGACUACAAGCUACAUGAAGAAAUCGGAGAUGGUGUUAGUGCCACUGUGUACAGAGCUUUGUGCAUACCACUUAACGAGGUUGUUGCUAUCAAGGUUCUUGAUCUAGAAAAGUGCAACAACGACCUGGAUGGGAUACGGAGAGAGGUGCAAACAAUGAGUCUGAUCAGCCAUCCGAAUGUGUUACAAGCUCAUUGCUCAUUUACCGCUAGGCACCAGCUAUGGGUUGUGAUGCCAUACAUGGCUGCAGGAUCCUGUCUCCAUAUAAUAAAGUCUUCUUAUCAAGACGGGUUUGAGGAACCUGUUAUCGCUACUUUACUCCGUGAGACUCUGAGAGCUCUUGUAUAUCUUCAUGCCCAUGGGCAUAUCCAUAGGGAUGUGAAGGCUGGUAACAUAUUAUUGGACUCCAGUGGUACCGUUAAGUUAGCAGACUUUGGAGUAUCAGCUUGCAUGUUUGAUACAGGAGAUAGACAACGUUCCAGAAAUACAUUUGUUGGGACUCCAUGCUGGAUGGCUCCUGAGGUUAUGCAGCAACUACAUGGAUAUGAUUUCAAAGCAGAUGUUUGGUCAUUUGGAAUAACGGCACUUGAACUGGCUCAUGGUCAUGCCCCAUUUUCCAAGUAUCCGCCAAUGAAAGUUUUGCUGAUGACCUUACAAAAUGCACCUCCCGGACUUGACUACGAGAGAGAUAAAAGAUUUUCAAAAGCCUUCAAAGAAAUGGUGGGUAUAUGCCUAGUCAAGGACCCAAAGAAGCGUCCAACGUCAGAAAAGCUUUUAAAGCAUCCUUUUUUCAAACAAGCACGUGCACCUGAUUACAUGGCUAAAGCAAUUCUUAAUGGUCUUCCUCCAUUAGGUGAACGCUAUAGAACGAUAAAGUCAAAAGAAGCUGAUCUUCUAAUGCAAAACAAGUCUGAAUACGAAGCACACUUAUCACAGCAAGAAUACAUUAGGGGAGUAAGCGCUUGGAAUUUCAAUCUCGAGGACCUAAAGAAUCAGGCUGCUCUUAUUUCAGAUGAUGAUAGUUCACAUGCGGAAGAGCCUGAUUUCAACAAAAAGCAAUGUGAAAUACAAGAUGAAUCUGCUCUUUCCCCUGAAAGGGCUAGCAGCUCAGAAACAGCUCCUAGUCAGGAUGACGAAUUGAACGACAUUCAUGAUUUAGAGAGUUCUUUCGCCUCUUUUCCAAGCAAACCUCUUCAAGCACUCAAAGGCUGCUUUGAUAUCGACGAGGACGAGGACAAUGAAACUAUUGGAACUCAGGCGCACACCACGAAAGAAGAGGAUACUGCAGCACAGAUCUCUUCUUUACCACGUCAUGUAAUUUCUGAACAAAAGAAAUAUUCGAGCGGUUCAAUUUUACCAGAAGGCACUUUCUCUCCAAAGAAAACCUCAUCCGAUGCUGAGAGGGAUUUUCAACAGCGUAAAUAUCAAACAGAGCGGAGCUACAGUGGAUCAUUGUAUCGCACUAAGAGAGAUACUGUGGACGAGACGUCGGAAGCGCCGUAUGUGGAGCACAAGGGACGGUUUAAAGUCACAUCAGCUGAUUUGAGUCCCAAGGGAUCUACGAACUCGUCAUUCACACCGUUUGGUGGUGGUUCAAGCAGCCCGAGCUCCCUCAAUGCAACGGCUGUUUCAAUCCUCCAGUCGAUUUUGCAGCAAAACACCAUGCAACGGGAAGAGAUUCUGAGACUAGUUAAAUACGUGGAGCAAACCUCUGUCAAGCAACCUGGAUCACCCGAGACAAGCCUCAAUGAGCUAUUGCAGACGCCUCCUGCAACUCUACGAGAGAGAGAACUUCAAACCCAACUCAUGCUACUCCAACAAAGCUUCUUGAGCCUAACAGAAGAAGUAAAGAAACACAAGCAGAGGAAUGGGCAGUUAGAGAAUCAGCUAAACGUGUUGACACAGAGAAACGAUUAAGUCUCGCAAGUCAUGGAGACAACAGAAAACAAGCGCAGGGAAGAGACAGGGGAUCUUGACUAAAGCCUCGUGUUCCCUUUCAAGACCAAAGAAGAAAGAGAGAUUUGUGUUUAUAUAUUUUUACUUGUUGGGUGUAAUUUAUUUGACAGGUUCAUAUAUUAUGUGACAACUACUACAAUGUUUGUCUAUUGUCCUUGGGCCACCUAUGUAGUUUAUGAUGUGCUAUAUAUAUCGCAGCGCUUGCAUUAA